AGAGCCACGCGCAGCCACGCAGUCAACAAACAUCACCGCCCACUCCUCCUCAACAUCGUUUGUAUCGAUGAAACACUGAAGUUACAAGUAUCAGCGCUGCGCUAUUAAUACUUCCACCAUUUUUCAUCAUCGCCUCCUCUCCAUCGACACCACCAUGCAAUCUCAAGCUCUUCUCCAAUCAACCCAACUUCGGGUCUCCCCUCUCGACCCUCUUCGCCACCAUUCAUUCCACAUCAAUGUCAAACCCCUCGCACUCCCAACCCCACGCAGAGCCACCAUCGUAAUGUCCGCCUCCGCACCUAAACGCGAAACAGACCCCAAAAAACGUGUAGUCAUUACAGGUAUGGGUCUCGUAUCCGUAUUCGGAAACGACGUUGACACCUACUACGAGAAAUUGUUAGCCGGAGAGAGCGGAAUCGGGUUGAUUGACAGGUUCGACGCAUCCAAGUUUCCGACCCGAUUCGGUGGUCAGAUUCGUGGGUUUACAUCCGAUGGGUAUAUCGACGGUAAAAACGAUCGGAGACUCGACGAUUGCCUCCGUUAUUGCAUUGUUGCUGGUAAAAAAGCUCUUGAACAUGCUGAUCUUGGUGGCGAUAAACUCUCUAAGAUUGAUAAAGAGCGUGCUGGUGUCCUCGUUGGAACAGGAAUGGGAGGUCUUACUGUGUUUUCCGAUGGAGUCAAGGCUCUAAUCGAAAAAGGUCCGAGAAAAAUCACUCCGUUUUUCAUUCCUUAUGCGAUUACAAACAUGGGUUCAGCGUUGCUUGCUAUUGAUAUCGGAUUUAUGGGACCAAAUUACUCGAUUUCAACUGCAUGUGCUACUUCAAAUUACUGCUUUUACGCUGCUGCAAAUCAUAUUCGUAGAGGCGAAGCUGAUAUGAUGAUUGCUGGUGGAACUGAAGCUGCCAUUAUUCCAAUUGGUUUGGGUGGUUUUGUAGCUUGUAGAGCUCUCUCUCAGAGAAAUGAUGAUCCACAAACAGCCUCUAGGCCAUGGGAUAAAGAUAGAGAUGGUUUUGUCAUGGGUGAAGGUGCUGGUGUUCUGGUGAUGGAAAGCUUGGAACAUGCAAUGAAAAGGGGUGCACCGAUACUUGCUGAAUAUUUAGGAGGAGCUGUAAAUUGUGAUGCUUAUCAUAUGACUGAUCCACGAUCUGAUGGGCUUGGUGUUUCUUCUUGUAUUAAGAGUUGUCUUGAAGAUGCUGGUGUGUCAGCAGAGGAGGUUAACUACAUCAACGCGCAUGCAACUUCGACAUUGGUUGGUGAUUUGGCUGAAGUAAAUGCUGUAAAGAAGGUAUUCAAAAGCACGGAUGGGAUCAAAAUGAACUCGACCAAGUCUAUGAUUGGACAUUGCUUAGGUGCAGCCGGAGGUCUAGAAGCCAUUGCUAGCAUUAAAGCCAUUCAAACCUCAUGGCUUCAUCCUACCAUUAAUCAAUUUAACCCAGAGCCUGCAGUUGAGUUUGACACAGUUGCAAAUAUUAAGCAACAACAUGAAGUCAACGUUGCAAUUUCAAAUUCGUUUGGUUUUGGUGGACAUAACUCCGUUGUGGCGUUCUCUGCAUUUAAACCUUGAAUUUAUGAAAACAACAAACCGAUGUGUGUUGCAUCAUAAAGAACAAUUUAGACGUGAGAUUAAGUCAAAACAACAUUUGGAGGCUAGCAUUGAGUAAUAAAAGUUAAAGACAGUUUGUAGUGGCUUUUGGAAAUUAUGUAAUUUGGUUUUUGUUUUUGAAAAAUGCAUUUAUAUGGACAUGGAUUAUGUAUUUUAAUACUAAACGAUGAGGGCCUAAUAGUACCUAUCAUUUGCUUGAA